AUGACACAGCCAGUGGCCACCAAGGAAAUGAUCAGCGAUGAGAAGACGAGCAGCAGUAGCAGGUCGACAGAGGUUAUCGAUGCAACCAACGUUGAUGAGGCUCAAGAUAUUGUCUUGAAUACCGUUAAUGCCGAAUAUACAGAAGCUGAUUAUAAGCGCGUUGUCCGAAAGAUUGACCGUAUUCUGCUGCCAUUCAUGUGGCUUUGUGCCGGCAUUCAACAGGCCGACAAGGCAUCUAUCUCCUCGCAGGCAACCUUUGGCCUCCCACAGGACACUCACCUCGUUGGUCAACAAUUUUCGUGGCUGACCACCGCGUUCUACAUUUCCUAUCUCAUCGGCGAAGCUCCCUCAAACUAUCUCAUGCAACGCUUUGGUGUAAACAAGCCAUUGUUCAUCUCUUUGUUCCUAUGGGGUGUUGUCGUUCUUUGCAUUGCCUUUGCCCAGAACUUUACCCAGCUUGUGGCAUUACGUUCCCUGCAGGGUUUACUUGAGUGCUCUAUGGCUCCUGCUUUAGUCCUCCUCACGGCGUCUUUCUACGUCAGUCGGGAGCAUCCCAUGAAAUCCGUUAUCUGGAGCACUUCAAAUAGCGGUUUGGAUAUCAUAACGCAACUCGUCAUGUACGGCAUUGGCAGUACUGCUCAGAAACACACAAGCAGCUUUGGUCCAUGGCGAUGGAUUAGUGUUUUCCUAGGGUCAUGGACAAUAGUCAUGUCUUUCUUUUCGCUGCUGUUUCUAGGAACGCUCAGUGAAGUCCGAUGGCUAUCGAAGGAGGAGAAGCGCAUUGCAGCAGCUAGAGUCGCCAGCAGCCAGAUUGGGUCUGACAGAGGUCAGAAGUAUGAAUGGCACUGGGACCAGGUCGUGGAUGCGUUCCGGGAUCCGCAAACCUACUUCUUCUUCUUUGCAUAUAUUGCCAAUUCUCUUCCUAAUAGCGGCACAGCAGCAUUUGGCAACCUUGUCUUUGUCUCAUUUGGCUUUACCAACUUGGAGACUAUAGUCAAGUGCAUCAUCCCACUCGACCUCGUGACCAUAGCCUGGUUGCUGGUCGUUGGAAUCUUGACAUUAAAGUGGCCCCAUACCAGAUUUCUUCUCAUGAUCAUCUCAACUAUUCCGGGCUUUGUUGGUCUGUUAGCUCUGGGCUUAUUACCAACGGAAGCUGGGCGAACGAAAAAGUCUGUUAUCGGCACUGUCAUGUUUAUUGCGUACUGUGUGGGAGGUGCUGUUGGUCCCCAGACUUUCCGAGCUGAGUGGGCGCCCAGAUAUAUUCCUGCAAUCAUUUUAUGCGGAAUUAUGUAUGGAGUGGUUAUUGCUCUAUUCAUCGCAUGGCGAUUUUACUACAUCAUGGAAAACAAGCGAAGGGCUAAGACUAUUAAAGAGAUGGGAAUGACGCCGGAACAAUCAGCACAUCAAGGGAAAAUCAAUGGCGAGUCUGAUAUGACGGAUCGGCAAAAUAUUCAUUUCAAAUAUAGUAUGUAA